UGCAGGUGAAAACAGAACGUUUCAUCAGGCGUGUAUGAUCAGUUAGGUGUAUAUAAGCCAAGCGUCUCACGGUGUCAAGCAUCAGAAACCAUCCACAGCUUGGAGAAUCAGAAAAUCUCACCAAGGAUAGUACAAAUUGUAUAGAAGUUAAAAAUGAAGUUCGCCACAGUCGUAGUCAUUCUCGCUGCCGUCGUUGGUAUUGAAUGCUCAGUCAUUGCACUUGGACCAGGCCUUUCUUACACUGCCGUUAGUGGUCCAACUUUGGUUGCUGCCGCUCCAGGAAUCGCCACUAUUCGAGGUCCUGCCAUUGGUGCUAUCGCUCCAGCUGCUGUGGCUAUUGCCCCAGCUCCUGCCGUAGUUGCACCAGCCAUCGUUGCUGCUCAAGGAAGCUACGUUGCCCAAACCCGUGGUGCAGUUCAUGUUGCUCCUUUGGAUGGACAUGCAAACUCAGCCGCUUCAAUUAAUUUGCAACCUGCUCCAGGAACUAUUUAAAAUUGUGAAACUUUCCUCACUAUGAACUUACAUGCCAUUGAUUAUUGUACCACGAUUGCCUUCUCUUAGUAAUUUAUUGAGAAAUUUAGGUAUUAUUUGAAGCAAUAAAGGAGAUCUCAUUGAU